AUGCAGAGGCUGGAAGCUGCGUGCAAGUGGACCAGAGAUCCACAAAUAAACAAAAGCAUGUCUUGCCUGAGGCAAAGCCUGGGUGAUAAAAGCAACGCGUACGCCACGUCUCUGCUGGCUUACGUCUUCACCCUGGCUGGAGACAUGGAGGCACGGACUUUGCUGCUGGAGCACCUGGACAAGGUGGCCACACAGGAAGGGGGAAACCUCUACUGGUCUCAGAGGUCUGAGAAGUCAAUGUCCCUCUCCGUGGAGAUCAGCUCCUACGUGCUGCUGGCCACUCUCAGCGCCACCCCCACCACUGCUGACCUGGGCUACGCCUCCCGCAUCGUCAGGUGGCUCACUAGCCAGCAGAACUCCUACGGAGGCUUCUCCUCCACACAGGACACGGUGGUAGCUCUUCAGGCCCUCGCUCUUUACUCUACACUGGUGUUCAGCCCAGAAGGCUCCAGCACUGUGGACGUCCAGCUCCCCAGCGGCCAGAUGACCUUUGAGGUGAACCAGGACAACAAACUGCUUUACCAGGAGAGGUCGAUGAAGGACGUGACGGGAAAAUACAGUGUGGUGGUGAAAGGCACUGCUUGUGCCUCCAUGCAGUUGUCUCUUCACUACAAUAUUCCAACGCCAAGAGAUGAAUCGAGUUUCCGGAUCAAGGUGACACCCGACUCUGAAUGCAGCACCAACCAGCUGAGGCCUAAGGUCACCCUUAGGCUAGAGUCCAAAUAUGUGGGAAAGGAGGAUUCCACCAACAUGGUGAUGGUGGAUAUUAAAUUACUGUCUGGAUUUGUUCCUGAGCCAGAGUCUUUGAGAAAGCUCAAGUCUGCACUGCUGAUGGAUCGCGUUGAACAUAACGACGAUGGACGACAUGAGGAGGUAGUGAAACUCACCCAGCUGUGUCAUGCACUAGAGUUUAGAUUCUCUUCCCGAGCCCGACCUGACCCGGCUGGACACGCGGGCCGGGUCUGGACGAUAUUUCCCACCACUAUCCUCGGGCCGGGUCGGGCAGGGCCUUUGAUCGAGCGUUUGCGUUGUUCUUUUUGAACAUUGCUUUAUUGU